AUGAAUCUCCAACAAGUUAACUUAGAUCGAGUACCAGCAUAUUGUGCACGUGUCAAUGUCAAUGGUAUUCAACGAACGAAAGAAGAUUAUAUUCGUCAUCAAAUCGAUAAUGUAUUUACAUCAAAUACAUUCGAAUCAUUACUCGUUAAUGUUGAACAAUUACGUAAAAAACUUUUACAACUUGGAUGUUUUCGUGAAGUUAUGGUUGUUAUUGAUUCAGCUAAAGAUGCAAAAGCAGAGAAUAGUUAUGAUAUAACAUAUGUUACUGAAGAACAUCGACCAAUAUCUGGUGGAAUCAAUACAGCUGUUGGACAAAAUGAAGGUUCACUGUGUACAAAUUUUUCUUUACCAAAUCUAUUUGGUCGUGGAGAAAAAUUUGGUGUUGAUUAUUCGUAUAGUAAUCGUGGCAAUACAGAAGGACGAGUCUUUUAUAAUAUGCCAACAAAACUCGAUCCAAAUAAACAAUUUUCUAUGUCAUUAUUUCGAAGUUAUUUUGAUAAUACAUGGAGUUCAUUUAAACAAGAUGAUCAUGGAAUCGAUAUAACCUAUAAUCUUCCACUUGGUAUUGUUCCCAAUGCUGUUCAUAGUUUUACUUGGGAAGGUGUUUGGCGUUCAGUUUUAGCUGGCAGUCCAACAACAUCUGUUGAUAUACGAAAAGAUGCUGGUCAUACAUUGAAAUCAUCAUUAAAAUAUACAGCAACAAUUGAUAAUCGAGAUCAUCCAGUAAUAGCACAACGUGGAUCUUAUUCUCAAAGUUCAAUUGAAUUAGCUGGUCUUGGUGGUGAUAGUCAAUUUGUAAAAUGGACAACACAACAUCAAGUUAAUGUGCCAUUACCAUUAAAAUCAGUUGUUCAAUGGUGUUUAUCUGCUGGUGCUAUUUGGCCUCUUUUACAAGGAAGAAAUCAAACAAUUAAAAUAAACGAUCGAUUUUUCCUUGGUGGACCAUUAAAUGUUCGAGGUUUUGAUUAUCAUGGUGCUGGACCACACAGUGAAGGAGCAGCUUUAGGUGGCGACUGUUAUUGGGCAACAGGUCUUCAUCUUUAUACACCUCUUCCUUUUCUUUAUCAUCGUGAAAAUUUAAUGUCUUACGUUCGUCUUCAUUAUUUUCUUAAUGCUGGAAAUGUAUUUAAUAUACAAAAUAUUAAUUCAGCACAAUCAUUGUUUUCUCAAAUAAGUAAUGCAACUCGAUUAUCAUGUGGUUUUGGUGUUGUUUUGAAUUUAAUGAAUGUUGCUCGACUUGAACUUAAUUAUACACUUCCAUUAUGGACACAAAUACAUGAUCGAGUGAUCAAAGGUUUUCAAUUUGGUGUGGGAUUUACAUUCAUUUAA